UUUUCCCAGGUGAAGCUCAGGGAAGUUGAAUGCUGUGUGAAGUUACUCAGAUGACUGUGUUUAUGAAACAGAUACAAGUGUUGGGCUUCUGACCUUGGGACCAAUUUAAUUCUUGGUCCUACUAGUGGAGACUAAAAGAAUCUUCAAGAAUUUGAUUUACAUGACUCAUUGUGAAACCCAUUAAACUCAUAGACCCUUUUAAGGUUGGGAAAGGAAUUUAUUUGGGGCUGGAGUAAAAGCUCCUGCAGGGCGUGCUUAUUCUGGUUCCCGAGAUUGUGCGCUGUGUAGCAUCAGCACGGAAGCUCGGGUCAGCUUCCUGUUCGUAACACUAGGAGCAGGUCCACGUGCGUGCACAGUCCCGGUGGAGAGCACACGUGCUGUCCUCAUAAGCAACAAUUAGAGCCUGCUCUUCACUUGCACAGCAGGGCGAAGAACCACUGGAUUUCCAUAAUCUACAACGGUUGAAGGUUGACUAACAGAACUGUGUGUGCGUAUCUUAUCUCAGUUUUUGUUUCUGUUUGUUUGUUUGAGACAGGGUCUCUCUGUGAGUCCUGGCUGUCCUGGAAUACAUUUAUAUGGUGGACCAGACUGGCCUCAAACUCACAGAGAUCUGACCGCCUCUGCCUCUCCGCUGGUUUAAAGGUUUUUAUUCAUAAUCCUCACAUGCGGAGCCAGCAUUUUAGUACAUCCAGAGUGUUCCAGAGCCCUCUUGAGUCUGAUGUGUCCCUCCUCAACAUUAACCAGACAGUCAGCUGCCUCGGCGCCGGAGUCUUGAACCCUGAGCUUGGCUAUGAUACUCUCUUAGUGGGGACACAGACCAGUCUUUUGGCUUACGACAUCUACAAUAAUUCAGAUUUGUUCUACAGAGAGGUCGCGGAUGGGGCAAAUGCCCUUGUGUUGGGGACUCUGGGGGACAUUGCCCCGCCCCUUGCAAUCAUCGGUGGAAAUUGUGCUCUUCAGGGUUUUGAUCACGAAGGAAAUGACCUCUUUUGGACGGUUACUGGAGACAAUGUUCAUUCCUUGGCUCUGUGUGACUUUGACGGUGAUGGGAAGUCAGAGCUUCUUGUUGGGUCUGAAGAUUUUGACAUUCGAGUUUUUAAAGAAGAUGAGAUUGUGGCAGAAAUGACAGAGACAGAGAUAGUCACCUCUCUGUGUCCCAUGUACGGCAGUCGGUUUGGUUAUGCCCUUUCUAAUGGCACAGUUGGAGUUUAUGACAAAACAGCCCGGUACUGGAGAAUUAAAUCCAAAAACCAUGCCAUGAGCAUCCAUGCUUUUGACAUCAAUUCUGAUGGAGUGUGUGAAUUGAUCACUGGGUGGUCUAAUGGGAAGGUUGACGCUCGCAGUGACCGGACCGGAGAGGUCAUAUUUAAAGACAACUUCUCUUCUGCCGUUGCUGGUGUGGUGGAGGGAGAUUACCGGAUGGAUGGCCACGUACAGUUAAUCUGCUGCUCAGUGGAUGGGGAAAUCCGAGGCUACCUGCCAGGCACAGCUGAGAUGAAGGGGAACCUCCUGGACACAAGUGUGGAGCAGGGCCUGAUCCGAGAGCUCAGUCAGAAAAAGCAGAACCUGUUGCUAGAACUGCGCAACUACGAGGAGAACACCAAGGCAGAACUGAGCAGUCCCCUGAAUGAGGCCGAUGGACAGAAAGGCAUAAUCCCAGCCAAUACCAAGCUCCACACAGCCCUCUCAGUCAAUCUGGGGAAUGAUGCACAAGACGCACAUGCGGAAUUACGCAUUUCCACUUCUAAUGACACAAUCAUCCGGGCAGUACUCAUUUUUGCAGAGGGAAUUUUUGCGGGUGAAAGCCACGUGGUCCACCCCAGCACUCACAACCUUUCCAGCUCCAUCCGGGUACCAAUUACGCCUCCCAAAGAUGUCCCUGUGGAUCUGCACUUGAAAACCUUCGUGGGUUACAGAAGCAGCACCCAGUUCCAUGUGUUUGAACUGAUAAGGCAGCUGCCCAGAUUUACCAUGUAUGCACUGACAAGCCCAGACGCAGCGAGCGAGCCUGUCAGUUUCGUGAACUUCAUCGUAGUAGAGCGGGCACAGAGGAUGGUCACGUGGCUCAACCAGAACUUCUUGUUGCCAGAAGACAGUAACAUUCAGAACGCCCCGUUUCACGUCUGUUUCACGUCCUUACGCAACGGUGGCCAGCUCUACAUAAAAAUGAAACCAAGUGGUGAGAUCACGGUGAAUACUGAUGAUAUUGAUCUUGCUGGUGAUAUCAUCCAGUCGAUGGCAUCCUUUUUUGCUAUUGAAGACCUUCAGGUAGAAGCAGAUUUCCCUGUCUACUUCGAGGAGUUACGGAAAGUGCUGUUGAAGGUAGAUGAGUACCAUUCAGUGCAUCAAAAGCUCAGCGCCAACAUGGCUGAUAAUUCUAACCUCAUCCGAAGUUUGCUGGUCAGAGCGGAGGAUGCUCGUCUGAUGAGAGACAUGACAAUUCAGGAACUGGUCUCCAGUCAGUCCCAAUCCAGGUGCACGAUACAUUUAAGGAAAACAAUGAAGACUCGUUAUAUGGAGCUCUAUGACCUUAAUAAAGAUUUGCUAAAUGGAUAUAAGAUUCGUUGUAACAACCACACUGAACUGCUAGGAAACCUGAAGGCGGUGAACCAAGCAAUCCAGAGGGCAGGCCGUCUGCGAGUUGGAAAGCCAAAGAACCAGGUGAUCAGUGCUUGUCGGGAUGCGAUUCGCAGUAACAACAUCAACACACUCUUCAGAAUCAUGCGGGUGGGGACUGCUCCUUCCUAGGAGACAGGAGAGAGGAAGGAAGCUGCGAAAGGUUUGUGUCUAGACAUGGAGGCUGGCUUGCUCCCAGUCCCAUCCUGAUGAAUGGAGAUUGCUAAGGAUGAAACCAUGCUAACGAACACAACUGAAGACAGAGCACUCCAUCUGAAAGUCUCCUCGUCUGACGUCAGUAUUGAUGAGAGAGUGAGACUAAAAGUAACUAUAUCACCAUUUCAGAGUUUAACUUGUUUCUGUACAUAAAGUUAGUGUAUGAAUUUAUCUCCCCCUUGAAAUUGUAACUGAAAUUUAAAGUGGAAUAUUUACUUUUUCAUUAAAAAUAAAAGACACUG